UAUUAGUGCUCUGCCAUCGUGAAUUUAUUUUUGAGAUUUCUAACUGAUCCAAGCAGUUAUCUCAUUCGCGCUCAUCACUGCGGAACAGAUAUUACCUCAGAUAUGACGGACUCCAAUAAGCUUAUUCCUUUUUAUUAUUCUACAAGUGGUAACAAAGAAGAAGAUGAGAAAUUAUUGGAACCAAUUAAGUAUAUUCUUCAAGUUCCCGGAAAACAAAUAAGAGCAAAAUUAGCAAAAGCUUUUAAUUACUGGCUAAAGAUAUCAGAUGAUAAAGUCCAAGAAAUCGACGAUAUAAUAAAUAUGCUUCAUAAUUCGAGCAUGUUGAUUGAUGAUAUUCAAGAUAAUUCCAUUAUGCGAAGAGGCAUUCCUGUUGCACAUUCAGUUUAUGGAACUGCUAGCUCAUUAAGUGCUGCAAAUUACAUAUUAUUCAUUGCUUUGGAAAGAGUUAUUAAUUUAAAACAUCCAGCGGCAACGCAAGUAUACAUGGAGCAAUUAUUAGAACUUCAUAGAGGUCAGGGAAUGGAUAUUUUUUGGAGAGAUAAUUUCAUCUGUCCAACUGAGGAAGAUUACAAGAUUAUGACAAUAAGAAAAACUGGUGGUCUCUUCAAUUUAGCGGUAAGAUUGAUGAAACUGUUCUCAACUUGUGAAGAAGAUUUUUCAUCAUUAAUAGCUACUUUAGGAUUAUAUUUUCAAAUACGCGACGAUUAUUGCAACUUGUGUCUUGGUGAGUACACUGAGAAUAAAAGUUAUUGUGAAGAUUUAACCGAAGGAAAAUUUAGCUUUCCGAUUAUUCAUGCCCUUAAAAGCAAUCCUGACGAUAGACAAAUAAUAAAUAUUGUACGACAACGGACAAAGGAUAUCGAAGUGAAACGUCAUUGCAUUAAAUUAUUAGAGAGAUUUGGUUCCUUUAAAUACACAAGAAAUGUACUUGAAGAAUUGGAUUCGACUGCGAGAAUUGAAAUUGAACGAUUAGGUGGUAACCCGCUUCUGGUGAAGAUUCUGGAUGAACUUAAGAACUGGGAUACUCAAGAUGCGCCUAAGGAUCCUUUAACUGGAACGUUUUAAAUUUAAGAUUACUUAUUUUCUAUAAA